AUGACGGGCUCGUCGUCCCAGCAAGGAUUCGUCAGCCUGCCCGACCGAGUCAAUAGGUCGCCUGGCCGCACGAGGACGAGCGUGGCGUUGCCUGAUAGCUCGACUAUGUCGGCAGCUGCUUCUCAGGAGAGCAAGCUAGAGAGCUCCGGCACUCCAUCGCAGGACGGCAGACUCGAGGAGCUCUCUGAAGCCAACUUGCGCACGCUCGGCAAUCUCACCGGUCGAGUUGAUAGCCUCUCACAAGCCGCUGGCGGCGGCGGCGGCGGCGGCGGGACUGGCAGUGCGAACAUGACUGCCGUCGCCCACAGCUCGGCAGAGGCGAAGCUUCUACAGGCCGCUUUUGAACAUCUCCCCCAGCCUGUGCUCAUCUUUGAGCCUAGCUCGAGGCUCAACUUCAUCAAUGCCUCCGCCAGGCACUUCUUUGGACUCAAAGCGCUCCAAGGUCCGCUCGCCAUGGGCUAUUCCGUCAGCGAUUUCUUCGGCGACGGCUUCACCUUUGAGGCUUCGCAGCAACGGGCGGCCUCUGUCGUGAGUCAGCUUCCGCCCAGCGCCUCAUUCGAAGGCGACGACGAUCCCCUCGGUAGGUUGCUCACAGUGGGCGCAUGGGGCGAGGAGCAGCGUAUCAUCGACGCUCACGUGAUCGAUCGACAGCCUGAGAAAGUCAUCGCUACCGUGCAGGCAUGGCAAGGCCCAUCAGAUCAUUUCGCUACCUCUGCGCGUCCCUCGCGACAGGCUUCGAAUGCUACAUUACAGUCAGCCAGCUCAGGCGGAGCUCAGCCCCUCAUCUGGCAUACUAUUACCCUUCUUGACACCCUCGUCGCCCCCUAUGGCUUAGCAGACCGACGUGGCUCGAGCAGCAGCAUCGAGAGCGUCCUCGCCAAUUCGCCUACCAUCGGCUCUGGUGCGAGCGCGUUCGGCACCAGCAAGAGGCGAACGAAGCGUGCCGUAGAUCGGAUGCUAUACUCGCAGCAGCAAAGAUCACAACAGCCGGUCUCGGGCUCGUUCUUUCCGCCUGUCCCCUCGCCCACAGGCCCCGGCUCGUCAGUGUCUGGCCGCGCUCAAAAGUCAAACCUGUCAGAGCGUGGCUCGUUGAGCUCAGGCUCGACGAACAGCGUCUCGCCCGCGGUAUCAGACCAGCCUAGGACCGACCUGUCUGCUGCGACGACUGUUUCGUCGAGCGGCAGCGCACAAUAUCCCUCUGUUGCGUCUAACAUGCCAACCGUACUCGAGAAUGCGUCUGCCGAAGUCGAUGCAGCCGCUUUUGAGCACGGCAUCCGCGCCAAUGAGAAGACUUUACCACCCGUGCCGCUACAGAAUGUCGCGAUCAGUCCGGGAACGCAAAUUCAUGACGCUCAGUCACCUACAUACGACACUACUACCACCAAUCUCAGCGCACUGUCGUCAGCGAUGCGACUCCAAGACUCGUUCCAGAGCUAUAGCCUCUCAACCAACCCGUCAGUGCAGUCCAACGCCGCGAUCGCUGGCGCCGCUACAAGACCGCAGCAAAGACCUCCGCUCGAAACCAUGCCAACUUCAACAACAAUUCAGGCUCAGCACAGUCGCAGGCGUGCCUCUUCGGGCUUCAACAGUCCAAUGCCGGAAGCGCGUAAAGCGCCUGUUGCGUCUGUGCCGGAUCCACCUUCCUUGCUUGCCCGGGCCGCACUCAGUCAUCUGCCCCAGACUGGUAUCAUCACCGCUGCUCACGAUCUAUCUGGUGGCUUUGUCAAUAAUAAAGCGCGAGAGCUGCUGCUCGGAAUCAAAGCGCCGCCCGAGGACGAGAACGGCGACUUCGAUUCUGCUUGGUGGGAAGAGGGCUUGUGGAUUGCAGACCAAGGCACAUCUGGCACGUGGAAAUGGGACGGCAUCGAGUUCAAAGCUUCGCUCGCUAAGGAUUAUCGCAGAAGCGAAGCGGCGAGUACUGCGCAUGCGAGUACUGCCAGUAGCGAGCACGGAAGCAAUGAGACAUCCACCGGCACGACUGUGGAUGAUCAAGAUGCGGUCAUUGGUCCAGAUGGCGAACUCACGAUCGGACUUCCAACAAAUGCUUUCAAGAUGACCGUCACCGCCAUUCUACGCAAGAGCGUCUCCUUACAGCAAGCCAGACAACGGCAGCGGGCUAAGAAAGCGCGAAAAGCUCAGAGGCGAGAGGCAGCCAUGCAGGCAAAUGAAGCAAUGGCUGCCGAAGAAGCUGGUGCAGACGGUCCCGAGGGAUCUGAUGGCGAGGACGACAGCAGUCAACCCCCCGUGCCUGAUCCGGAUUGGAAAAUGGUCAUACCGGAGGAGCCGAUUCAGACGGCUUUGCGAAACAGGCAGACAUCGUCCCCUCCCACGAUGGAGCAUAACUUGAGUAGCUCUAUGCCAUCACAGAUUCCCGGAGCGACUGAUUACCAACCUCAUCCGGCGCCGCCUAAGAUACCAGACCAGCAGCGACCUCCGCAUAGCAUGGCGAGCAAGCCCUACAAGGUCUACGAUGCUUCAUUCGGACAGAGAAUUCUGGAUCCUUUCGAGACGAUUCUCGAGCUCGUAGCGAGAAAGGGCGAACAUCCCUCCUCCAUCCUUGGCAAUUCCCCAAAUGGUCUGUUGGUAGGCGUGGAGGUCGAGAUCGCGCUGGACGAUAGUCCGCCGGACGAAGACGCGUUUGAUGUUGCAAUCUCAAACGAUGAUGCUGCGCCUGCGACUGCGAGUCUCUAUGCGACUCAGCAAGCAUUACCAGCACCAGUACGCAGAAAACGCUUCCGCCGGCGAAUCCUCGAAGUCUCGGGCGCUCCCAUCUUCCAGCCGACGCACGUCGGUAAGACGCAUAUGGGCGGUAUGCUCGUCAUCCGGGAUGUGACUGCCGAAAAGAAGCUUGCUCGCCGGGAGAAUCGGCAGAGUCAGCGGGACGGCAGCGAUGCCGACAACUACUACAAGCAGAUUCUGGACAACAUGCCUCAAAUUGUCUGGACAACCACGCCACUGGGCUCACACAAUUACUUCAAUUCGCAAUGGUACGCCUACACCGGACUUGAGCCCGAGCAAAGUCUCGGUCUCGGCUGGCAGAACCCGUUCCAUGAAGAUGACAUGCCUCACACGAUCAAAGCAUGGGCGCACUCACUCGCCACCGGCGAGCCUUACUCCACUGAGUAUCGCUGUCGCCGACACGACGGUGUUUGGCGAUGGAUGAUUGGCCGCGCGCUGCCCGUCCGUGACUCUUCAGGCGCUAUCAUUCGGUGGGCAGGAUCGUGUACAGAUGCAAACGAGGCGAUCAGCGUACGCACGACUCUCGCAAAGACACAAGAUCAAUUCACUUACGUCAUCAAUUCGGCCGACUGCACACUCAUUUGUGUUGACCCGGAUCGCAAGAUAACCUUUUUGGAAGGAUCCGGUGCCGCCCGACUUAACGCUCAAGGACGCGAGGUGACUGGCAUCGAUGGCACGAAGUCCCGCACGAGGGUCGGUGAACACUUUAACGACGUUUUCCCGCCCAACGAGGAAGUCUAUCACGCAAUCGGUUCUAUUCUCGAUGGAUCUUCGCAUUCUGCUCGUGUUGAAGUCCGAGCGGAUGAUGGCACCUGGUUCAGGUUAUCGCUUACCGCCCUCUUUGAUGAUCUGCGCGAUGCAGACGGCCAAGGGCGUAUCAUCGGGGUCAUCAUCGUUGCCACUGAUAUCACAGACGCCAAGGAAGCCGAAGCCGCUCUGCAGCAAUCCUUUGAGGAGCGCAGCAAGCUCCUGGCAUCAGAGACUGCAGCCAAAGAAGCUUCUCGCCUCAAGAGUGAGUUCGUCAGCAAUCUCAAUCACGAGAUUCGUAGUCCAAUCGCUGGCAUGAUUGGCAUCUCUGAGCUGCUGCUCGAUGAUCCGACACUCAAGCCAGAGCAUGUAGAAGCGGUCCAGAAGAUCAUGCGCUCCGGCGAUAUCCUGCUUGAGCUCGUCGGGAUGGUGCUCGAUAUGGGCAAGGUCGAAGCGGGCAAGCUCGAGCUCGAAUAUCGACCGUUCUUGCUUCGGGAUGUAGUUGCGGAUGCUCGCCUGUUCGCUAUGGCUGCCAAGAAGAAAGGACUCGAAUACCUGGAGGGCGCCAGUGGAUUCUACUCGGGCGAGGUCAUGGGUGAUAUGGCUCGCUUGCGUCAAGUCAUAAGCAAUCUGCUGUCGAACGCCAUCAAAUUCACGAGCAAGGGCUCUGUCAAAUUCUCGCUCGAGCAGGUCGACGAGUCCGAUGAGACAGUGGUCAUUCGAUUCACAGUCAAAGAUACAGGCAUUGGCAUCAAAGCAGAUGCACAACGAUUGCUUUUUCAGCCUUUCCACCAGGCGGAUGCUUCUCACUCACGUCGCUUUGGAGGCACCGGCCUGGGCUUGUCGAUCAGUCGCAAUUUCGCGAAGCUUAUGGGCGGUACCAUCGAGCUCGAGUCCGUAUUCGGACAGGGCACGACGAUGACGGCGCAGAUACCUUUCCCUAAGGCGCCUGCAGGACUCAAGGAACCGGAUUCGCCCGUGACCAGUUUCCAUGCGAACAACAGUACACCGUCGGCCUCUCGCGGUCUCGUGCAGGCGCCGGAAGCAGCCAACGUGCACGUGCUGCUCGUCGAGGACAAUGACAUCAAUAGAGAGAUCGUCAGCAAAUUGCUGCAGCGAAUGAAAUUCCAGGUUACGACAGCGCGAGACGGCCACGAGGUGCUCGAGCUUCUCGAACAGCAGAACUUCGAUGUCUGCUUGAUGGACGAGCAGAUGCCAGGGAUGGAUGGUCUAGAGGCGACAAGGCGGAUAAGGCAGCUCUCGGACCCGGUCAAGAGGAGGUUACGCAUCAUCGCACUCACGGCCUCUGCCAUCUCUGGCGACCGAGAACGAUGUAUGCAAGCUGGCAUGGAUGACUACCUCGCAAAGCCAGUGCGAGCCGCGCUCUUGCAGCAGACCAUUCUGAGACAACUCCACAAUUAG